UGGAACAUACGCCGCAAUCCCAUUAUUUAUUAAACCCGCGCGAAGGUAUGUACGGACGCUCACGGGCAACGUUCAUUGCAAACGCGGCUGUGGAUCACGAUCGAAGGGCGCAGCAAGAUCGAUGACGAUCGCACGAGACCCGAGUAACUCCUGAGCGACGGACUCUAUACUUCGAAGUGUCUUUUCCCGCCUUCCCGCCUCGAACAUCCUCCUGUCCGCCGUCGUCCGCCACAUGCACGAAGUCGGACUUGGUAACCGCUAAGCGCGUACAGGGUAUCUGCACGAAAUGUUGCGCUCCCUCCUCCAUUUUGGAUUCUUUGGCGCGCCCGACGUCCAUUUUUCAUCAACGCGUGACUCCUAAUCAGCGACGUCGGAGGAAAUGCGCGCGACUUCUGAGCCACUCUAUAUAGCGUUGCGCGGACGAGAGGGUGGGAAACAAGGCUCCGUUCUUUCGCGCAACUGCGGUCGCGCGUAAGCGCGAUAAGGCGCCCCUUAUCCCUUGGCUAGAGGUCUCUGAGCGAGUGAUACGUGCAACUGCGAAGGAAGGGCCGCUCGAGGAACGCGGGGUCGCGCCUCGACGUGAGGAUCCCGACAGGAAGUCGAUUCGCGACCGGAGAUUAGCCCCGCUCGCGUCCCGUUUCACGGCUCGUCGCAAGGGUUGCGAGAGGCCGACGUGAGCGCAGCUGGCGAGCGCGUCAGAGGUGGUGCGAGCAGUCUAACGCGCGCGGCCGAGAGAGCAAGAGGAGGACACAAGAGAGUGACGACGGCACAGAGCUCGUGGGCGAAAGAGGGACACCGAGCCAGCGGAAUUCACGAGAGCGAGCGCGAAUCGCGAGCACUCGCUCGACGCACCGCGCACGAAGAGAUUGCGGUAAGAGUACACGCAUUCGCCCCGGUCAGGAGAAAAGAAGUGAACGCGUCGUCAGCUUUCGGCGCGGCCCUCGUACCGGAUAAUCCGAACGUCGACGCGACGCGACACGACCGCGACGCGACGCGUCGCGACGCCAAGCGCCGCAAAGUGCGCGGCGAGUGCGCAGGUACCAUUUCGUCUGGCUCGACCGCGUCGUUCUUACGUGUGUGCGUGUGUAUGUGUGUAUGUGACAAGUGUGACCGUUCGCCAAAGUUUCGCGGCUCGACGGAGCACGAAGGGCGCUGCGCGGGGGUGCGAAUCCGGGGCCGAGGUGGCCGUAACGCCCGAGAUGGGUGUUUAACCUCGCGACGACCUGGCAAGCGGCCGCUUUUACGAGGGCGUUCUCGCCACGACCACGACGACGAGGGAGGACUGGGAGAUAGUCGAGAGUAGGAGACCGAGAACGACUGCGACGACGACGGCGACGACGGGGACGGGAAUCGGCGACGAGCGCGACGUCAGCGACGACGCAUGUAUACCCCGACGACGAUAGGAACACGGUGAUAGGAGCGAGAAGGUGGCAGCAACCCCCCGGCGUUGUCGUCAGCUGGGGAAACGCUUCUCGUGGGUGUGUAACUGCCUGCUCGGGGACGAUCGACUGCGUGGGCGUCGCGGUGGCCGUAGAGGCGCGCCGAGGUGCGCCAUUGUCGUGUCGGCUGCCACGUGAAUCGUCGCGAGCAUCCGCGAGUGACGAUCCGAGAGGGUACAUACCAGAGUGUGUCGUCCGUCGUGUAUGAGCAUCGCGCACCGCCGCACGUCGUCGGGCACGUUCAUUCCCGCGGACGACGACACGCCAGCCGCCGGACUCGGUGAACACGACGGCGGGACUGGCCGCGGGUCCGCCUGCGGGAUGGCGCAUCGCGUCGUCACGGUGUCCGAGAGAUAACGGGCGCGAGCUGUGACACGGCAGCUUAUUAUGUGCCACGGGUGUCCAAGGGGAGCGCGAAGAUCGAGUCGCGAAAGCGGAGUCCCGUUUAGCAGCAGCAGCGGCGGCGGCAGCAACCCAGUGACCCGUUUUCGUUUUCAAUCGAUGCGGUUCCAAAGAGUUUCGAAGGAUCAGGGCCAGAAGGACGCAGCCAUUAUCUGCUAACGGAAUCCAACCGAGGCUGGGAAUCGGACGCGUUACCCCGCGGUAGAACGGUGUCGCGGCUCGCCGAUUGGCCGGCCUCUCAACGACGACGACAGCAAGUACUGGAAUACGCGGUCGCGUACACCUCGCAUAAUCGCGGAAACGUGAGUCGAGAUCUCUUUCUCUCUUUCUCUCUCCUUCUCCCCCUCUUUGUCUCUCCCUUUCUCGACCUCGGAGUCUCGAUUUAUCGUCGCGAAUCUCAUCGGUGGCGGUCGGCUGCACAGGGGUGUCGCGUCGAGGAACGCGUAUCGUCCGAUGGUGCAUUCGGGCAGCGCAACGCGUGAGGCCGGGCCGCAAGAGAGAAUGCGAGAGCCUCCUCACAGCCUGUGAACAUGAUUUGUCAUACACAUGCGACGGGCGGUAAUCGUACGACGAGAGACACCGACGACGACGACGAGGAGGAGGACGAGGAGGACGAGGACGAGGACAUCAGCUGCUGCUGCUGCCGUGGCCAUGCCUCGAGCGCUCACAUGAGCCCAAUCCGACUGCUGCAGCAAGACUGCCUUAGCACGCAACAACAACCGAAGCAACUGCAAGGAGGUGAAUCCGUGUCGCGUGAUACGUCGCCAGCGAGGGCGACUCCAGGACACGUCCACCGUCUCCUUCUGCCGUUACCCCGCGUAGAGAAGGACCCAUCGACUACGACGAGCAGCACGACGACGGCUCUCCGUCGCGCUAUCCGCAGGCUGCGAGUGCGAUCCGCAAGUGCCGAGGAGACGACAAGGACGACGGUGCAACGACGAUCACGACGUCGCCGACGACAUAAUCCCGGCGCGUCGGAGGCGCUGCUCGCUUAUCCGCGUCGCGUCGCGGUGGUGCGGUCGACACCGGGUGUCGGAUGACUUCCCCAGGACAACAACCGUGCCUCGUAGUCGUAGAACACAGGUGUACCCGGCAGCAUCAUCCCGCUGCGUCGAGAAGCGUCGUAGGAGUGCAGCACGUAGGGAGCCCCGUCGCGACGGUCACGUCUACGUGUCGACGACGACGUCGUUGGUGGUGCGCCGGCCUGCCUCCCCGCGUCGCGGCGAACUUCUCCUCGCGUACCCACGUCGUAAUCCCCGUGCAGGCGCGUACCUCGUCGCCACCGUGAUGGCGGAGCUACCCGACAUAUCGCACCUCACUCCCGAGGAGAGGCGCAUCAUAGAGAGUGUUAUGAUGCGGCAGAAGCAGGAGGAGGAACAGGAGAACGAGAUCAUGAGACGAAAGCAGGAUGAGGUGCAAGUCCUCGAGGAAACGAUACGGAUGCGUUCGGAGAAACACAAGAAGGCGGGAGUGGAGCUGAACGCUACGUGUCACAUAUGCCUGAAAACCAAGUUCGCCGACGGCGUCGGUCACAUCUGCAACUACUGCGACAUCCGGUGCUGCGCACGCUGCGGCGGAAAGGUCACUCUACGGUCAAGCAAGGUGAUAUGGGUGUGCAUACUGUGCCGGAAGAAGCAGGAACUUCUUUCGAAGACCGGACAAUGGAUGACGAAGACUGGGCUCGGCGCCGCGGACAGCGCGAUGCUGCGACAAAUGCAGGAGGACAUGCAGGUGGGUGGUCCUCAGGGACUCGCGGACCAAACUCAGGAUAAAAGACCGAAACUCGAGAGGGCGCACAGCGCAGCUGAGAAAGAGAAUUUGCCGUUGUUACAGAGAAGCGGAAACUGUCUGCUCAGGAGACAGUACUCCCAGCAGGAGCAGAUCACAGGUCGCCGCAUGUCCACCAGCGACAGCGGGGUGGAGAUGUCAGUUUCGCCUCACGCGAGAACUUUACCGACACCCCACGUGGUGGUCGGUUCUUACCCGGUGCAAACCCCGCGACACCCCGCAGCCUUCCCCGACGACGAUCCCAAUUUAUACCGAGGCGAAAUCGACGGUUUGAUGCGGCAACAUCCGCAGAACUAUCAGAGGCAACGGCCGACCUAUCCGGAUCAGGGCGCCGAUCUCGGGAUGGCUUACGGCCAAACGACGGUGGAAUCCGCUCCCGUUCGAGCCGCGAUGCAGCAGCACUCGAUGCAUCAGACACAAGGCGGACAUCUCGCUCAACCUGCCUCGACGGUGGGCGUUCAGCAACAAAGGAGCUUCAGCAGCAGCGAAGAGGAACGGAGCACGCCGGAGUGCGCCAGCGACGAGCCGGACGAGUCGGAGAAGGGGAAGGGGUACUACCACCACGCGGGAGGUCCGAAAUCGAUGUCCAGUGGUGGGCGUAGGCACAACGGAUCCCACAAUGGGCACCACGGUGCUGGCGCGAUGACCGUCGAGCAUAACGGCCACCAUCCACCGCGAGAGCCGCGAAAAGAAGAGAGCACCCUCGUCAGACGGAGCUUCCGCAGGUGCGGCGACGAGUGGCGCGCUGAUAGUAGGAGGUUCACGGAGAGGAGGGGGAAAAAGACAGUGCGUUUUGACGGUGGGACCAAUGUCGGCGGCCCUCAGGAGGAAUGGUCUUGGGAGGCCGAUCGACAGGGUAGUCAGGACAGCGCGACCAAAGACUCCGGCAUAGACACCUCUAGCACCUUCACGAGCAGUGAAGACAGCAACAGGGGCGAUCUGCCCAAGCAUCCGUUAUCCUGGCAAGUGAGCAGAGACGGCCAGAAGAUCAUCGGCCACAUGGUCUUGCGAAAAUCGGCAAAUCGGCAAUCCGGCUCCGAGAGCGGUAGUAGUAUACUCGGACUAAAAGUUGUCGGUGGCAAGCUACUGGAAGACGGUUCCAUGGGCGCUUUCAUCGAGAAGGUGAAAAAGGGUAGUACGGCGGACAUAGAAGGUCAACUUAGACCCGGUGACGAGGUGAUCAAGUGGAACGGCAGGUCCCUCCAAGGCAAGAGCUUCGAUGUCGUUUCCGAGAUCAUCCGCGAGUCGAGGAUGGAACCGCAAGUCGAGCUCGUAGUUUCGCGAAAUGUGUCCUCGACGACCGCAGGCGCGAUGCCCGCAGGACCGGGCCCGUCGACGCCGAUGUCAUCGAGGAGGAUCGUCGCUCAGGGUCAGUGGAGGCAGAAACACGAGACGAUCUCCGGGCCUCAGCAACCGCAUCACAAAGGUCUUAAGAAAUGUAUUCUAUGGGAGUUGUACGACGCGAGGCGUGAGAAACCGUCGGUUUUAGUGACGUCGCCCGGCUCGCCGGACCUGCACGCCCAAGGACGCGGUCGACACUCCCGACAUCCGGCCGGAAACGCGAACGUGGGCGGUAGUAUUCAGGUGAAGCUGGGUUUCGAUCCUGUAGGACUUCAAUUGAUCGUCACGAUAGUUUGCGCCGAGGGGCUCACGCCGAGGAGCAACGGCCAGCCUAGAAAUCCCUACGCCAAAGUUUUCCUGCUGCCCGACAAAAGUGAGAAGUCGAAACGGCGCACGAAGACCGUGGCGAAUACAAACGAUCCCAGAUGGAAUCAGACUUUCGUUUACAAUGGAAUCAGGCGUACGGAACUGCGGAAAAGAGCAUUAGAGAUUACGGUCUGGGACUACGCGAGGUACGAGGCGAACGAUUUCCUCGGCGAGACUGUCCUGGAAUUGGCAGUAUGUCCUUUAUACGAGGAACCAGAAUGGCAUGCCCUGACCGCUCACGGGGAGCACCGGUAUGUCGGGCAUUAUCAGGAUCCCGACGACAUGAUAGAUUGUCACCUUAGUCCACCGUCGACCACCUCGAGAUUAAGCGACUCUGACACUUCAGAGUGCGACAUCACGGACUGCGACGUGUCGAGGGAACAAAGGAGAACGGCCGACGGUGCCAGCAUAAGUAGUAUCGGCAGUUCCUCGAGGUUUCAUAAUAUGCCGUCAAAUUAUAAGCGCCACUAUUCUAGCCCGCCGCCGGAGAGGGAACUCUGCGUCGACGGUGAACACCGAAGUCGGAGGGAUAUGUCACCUCAAGGACGUAAAAGGGCCGCCCUCAUGAUAUCUCGCGACCAACCUGCCUCUAUAUCGGGUUACCAGACAUAUCGUAAGGACGACAUCCACCGGGGAAUGAUGGGUCAUAGGUCUCACAGCGCGGCACCUAUGGACUCCCCGAGCGUACGGUACCGAGGAAGGUCUCAGAGCCCCACUGGUCAUCGUUCCUUGUCUCCGCCCGAGCAUAGAUCUAUUCCCUACUCGCACGGAUACGUUUAUCCGACGAGAUUCGGCUCGAGAUCAGCGACCGCCACUCCCACUGGAUCGCCGAAGAAACGUCAGCUACCUCAAAUCCCGGCAGCCCUGAAGGAGAGGGUCGCGCAAGACUUGGAGGAACGAGUGAGGUUCGCAAUGCGGCAUCGCAACAGGCCGGUGCACACGAUAUACAGGAGCACAGGUAUGGGAGGCUGGGAAAGGCAUUACAGCGGCCUCUCGGACUCGGAUCUCCCCUCGAUCGGACACGAUCCGCUAACGUUGCCGCACAGCCACGCUCACAGGAUGCACAGACAGCGAAGGGGACACUUGAGUCCCGACAAAGACGUAAUCGGUGAUCUCGGGGAUUCUGACAUGGAGAGCAUAGCUUCGGUAACGAGCAGUGCCUUCAGUACGCAAUCGGAACGACCACGUGCAUCGAGAGCGCUAAUGCCAGGGGCCGUCGGUCUGCUAUCGCGCAGGGCCAAGAGUUUCGAGUACGAGAGCAUAUCGAGCAACAUAUUCAGCGACGACAGUCUCAGGACGGCCCGGAGAAAGCUCAAGCGGAAUCUCUCUCUCAGCGACGCCGGAUACGGCGACAAGAUACCGGCGCUGGGCGAUCAGAGCAAGUCCUACUACGAUUCGAACGGCGACGACAAAGUGCCUACUACGAGUCUCACGCGCAAAGAGACGAGUUACGAUUACCUGCUCGAGCGGGAUCACAAGCCGGCCUUCUAUGGCUACGACUCGGAGCUCAGCUGCGGCGAGACGGAGAUUUACGUGCCGAGCUACGACAAGCAGAGCAUCGAGACGGUCGUCGAGAGAAUCGCCGACGGAGCCGACGACUACAGCAACAAGCCCUCGUACGGUUCGCGCUUAGCGGACGACAGCAGCUCAGGUGGUCUCUUCGGCGCCGACCGCCGCGCCAGCCUCAGGAACAUCUUGGACAAGGAGGACACCAGCAAGAGAAAAUACGCGGACGGCAGCUACCUGGACUCCGCGUAUCGGGACCUCGGCUCGGAGAAGCGCACCAAGAGCCUGGAGUGCGAGCUCCGCAACUCGAUCAACGACCGCGUCUACAUCGAGGACGCGCUGUCGUCCGGUGAGAGUUACGAGCGCGGCAUUCUCGCGAGGUCCGCCACGAGGCUCCACGACGGCGCCGACCUCGACGACUGGAUGUCCAAGGACGUGAACGGCGUCCUGCGCUCUCACGGCGGCGCGACCAUCUACCAAGGGGACGGCUACAAGAACUACGAGGACUGGAACACGGACUACGACGAAGGAUUCGUGGAGCGGGAGAAGAUCGAGGACUACCGCGACGAGGGGAUCGAGGUUCUGAGGAGCGCCACGUCCAUGUACGAGGGCGAGUACUUUCAUGACGACCUGGAGCGUUCGACCGUUCAGAGUUGCAAGCGUCACGCACAGUCGGACGACGGUCCGAAGGUGACCUCGACUACCGGCGACUACAUCAGCUAUCGUCCGGCCGAGGACUACGACUACCGUGUCACGCACAGCAGCCCCGGCAAAGCGGAAACGUACGAGGACGGCUCGGUUCCCGCGCGAAGACGAAGACGCAGGAGCAGGAGAGGCAGUAGAGAGGGGAGCGCAGGUGACUACGAGAGCUCGCCGGCGAAAGACAAGAGGCCGACGACGAUAGCCGCCCAGCAGCGAGCCGAGCCCACGCCGGCGCUGCGCUCGGACGAGGAGCUAAGCUUGAGCACGGAUCGCAGCAGACGCGUGUACCGUCGCCGGCGUAACAGUAGCUGCCCAGAGAGCAGAGAUCUGCGUAUUCGCGACGGCCCGACGGCGCGACGGGAUGACGAGAGGAUGACGACAACGACGACGACGACGACGACGCAUUUCGUGCUGGACUCCGACGAGGAGUUCGGCUCCAUGGAGACGGUAGUCGGCGCCGAUUACUUUCGACGGACGGGCUACGUGACGGUGACUAGAGCGAACGACGGCGCCGUUAGACCGGGCUUCUUUCACGCGGAACAAGAUCGUGGUAGCUACUUAGACUCAAGAUACGAUUACGAGGGAUAUCAGGACCGCACUUGUCCGGAGCCGCGCGAGCUAGUUAGGUCAGGGUCACAGCGUUCCUCUUGUUCGCGGGAGCCGCGACACGCGACGUCGCGCGCUAGACGUAAAAGUAGUUGCCCCGAGUGUCGCGAGCUAGCGCUGUCCUCUUCCGAGUUAGGUGGUAGGUCGGGGUCGCUGUCGCGGAAGGGUGACGACAGGCGGACAUUGGUAGAGACGAAGCAUAGAUAUCGUAGGCGGAACAGCAGCUGUCCGGAGGCUAGGGAUCUCGAGAUGCUCGAGAAGAGGCAGCGCCAGCAACUGCAGCGGCACCAGCAGCAACACCAUCAGCAGCAGCAGCAGCAGCAACAGCAACAGCAGCGGCGGUCGAGUCAGCAGCAGCAGCAGCAGCAGCAGCAGCAGCAGCAGCACCAGCAGCACCAGCAAAUGCAGACAGCGCACUCGCAGCAUCAGCCGCAGCAUCCGCAGCAGGGUAGUAAGAGGAACGUGGCAAUCAGCGACACCCUCGAGUACUACGAGUACUCGAUGGAGAGCGAGAGCCAGUGCAGCGAGAACUGCGGAUUUGGCCCGUGCGAUCCGCGUAGGCCCCGUAACCGAGCACCCCGCCCUGGUAACGCUAAUUCGAGUCUCUUUGAUUCCCAAACCGCUACCUCCGACACCGCUAAAAACUACCACCACCCACGGGCCGACGAUCAUCACCAACACCCACAAAACACGAAAACGUCGCCGCUCGCCAACGUCGCCGACGUGGCGUCCACGUUCCUGCCGUCCGCGUCCGCCCGGCGACGAUCUCGGAAAAAAUCCGCUUUCGACAUCGACGUCGGUGCCGUUGCCGCCGCCGCGAAUCGUCGCGACGACGACGCGCGGAACCGUCGCUCUUCGUCCAUGCCCGAAAGCAGCGAGUACGGCGGCCAGUCGAGCUCGUACGAGAAGACGUCCAGACACCAGGUCACCGACAAUGGCCACGACGAGCACGGCAAGAGGAACCAGUUCACCAGGAGUCUCAGUAACGCCGACGUGCCGCAGGAUGAGAAAGACACGGGUAGUUUCAGCGAUACAGCGAUCGCGUUGAACGUGGACGAUCCGUCGAGGAGAGGUCGCAAGAGUUCGCCGGGCAGCAAGAGCGGAAGCGGCAGCAGCAGCGGCAGCGCCGUGCAGUAUCAGGCCGGUCUCGGGAAGAAGAGCAACAGCACCAGCCAGUUGUCCGCGACAGAGUGCGGCGUUGGCGGGAUGCUCGUCGUUGGCGGAAGCGCUGGCGCUGUGGCACGCGGUACCGGCUUUGUGAGCCGGAAGCGUAACAGCACGCCGAGCACCAUACAACGAUCCGAGGAGAUCAUGCCGACCUACCAACGCUUUGACCCCGGCAAACCGACAGGAUCGGCAGCCAGCGAUACCGCCGGAAGUCUCAACUCGAUUUCUAGUUCCGAAGGAAGCUCUUGGUCUCCGAGUCUGCGAAUGGCAGGCGAAACCGGGCAGUUGAGGGACUUCAUCGAAGAUCUCGGACCGGGCCAAGUGGUCGGGAGGCAAGCUCUCGGCGCCCGUUGCCUCGGCGAGAUCCAAUUGUCGUUGAACCAGAAGAAGGGAUACCUGGAGAUCGAGGUCAUACGUGCCAAAGACUUGAAAGCGAAACAAGGAAGUAAAGUGAUCCCAGCUCCUUACGUGAAACUCUACGUGGUGAACGGCAAACGAUGCAUAGCGAAAGCGAAAACCAUGCCGGCCAGGAAAACGCUGGACCCGUUCUAUCAACAAUUGUUGGCUUUCAAGGAGAACUGUCGGGGUUGUAUAUUGCAGGUGACAGUGUGGGGUGACUACGGCCGGUUAGAAGGGAAAAAAGUGUUCAUGGGUAUUGCACAGAUCGUAUUGGAUGAACUGAACCUCAAUGACCCGGUGAUCGGCUGGUACAAGCUGUUCGGCACCACAUCCCUGUGAAAACAAACCAAAUCGAGCCAACACGGGCCAGAUGUGAACUCAAAUGUGGUGUACUAGGUAACAUAAGAUGUGAAACGCUAUCACGAUGACACUCAGUUUAACGGUGAAUCUAAAUGAUUAAGUGAGUAAGCGAAUUGCGGAGUGAAAAUUGCCGGGGUGAGACGCGCUCCGGACCGGACUACGGUUCAAUCGACGUGCGGGAGAAAUUAGAGAGGCAAGAGAAAAGGCAAAAGAAUAUGUUGAACAGUAUAUAUACAUAUAAAUAUAUUACAUAUAUUUAUGGAAGCCGUUUCCAAACUUUGUAUAUAAUUUAGGACCGUUCAAAUACUAAAUGCCGAUCUCCGAUACGACUCGGCCGAAGGACAUUUUCAAAUUUCUAGUCGAAAAUGUCAUUGUCAGAAAGAAAGAGAGAGAGAGAGAGAGAGAGAGAGAGAAUGAAAAAGUGAAUAAAAGAGUGAGAGAAAGAGUGAGAGAAAGAGAGAAUGAAAGAGAGAGAAAGAGAGAGAGAGAGCGUAUAUUACUUAAUGUAAAUAACGUAAUAACUAUACAUAUAAAUUUGCGAUAAAGAAACAAAGUGCGCGUUGGUUUGAAUGGGUGAACACGUUUGCGUUGUAUUCUCGUUGACUCAUUACGGUUUCCACGACACGAUCGCUGCCUUGAUUUUUCCGCACUCUACGUUGAACUCGGUCUGGUUUUGUCGAAUUUAAUUUCAUUGCUCUUGAAAUUAGCGUCGGAACGAUUAGAACGCGCGACGACGUGAUUGAUUGUGAACACAAAUUUCACUUUCGUUCCUUUCCUCCUUCCGCGUUUCUUUCUCCCACCGGCACUCACCCAUCGAUCAUCGUAUCAUCACCGCGUUACUUGGCUUCUCCGAGCUUCGUUUAGUGACUUAUCCGAGAAAAAUAAAGUAAAGUAAAAUAAAAUAAUGGCAAACUUGUUAUUGCGAUAUAAAAAACGCGGAGCGGACGUGUAUGUACCAUACUCCUCAAGUACGAAGCAGACUGAUAAAUCGAUUCCUACGCAUCAAGUUUUUUCGGCCGCUUACGUUGAAUUAGCAGUCCGCCGGGACGAACGUCGCGUUUUCGCAUGCCUGGACAAUUGCGGAUUAGCUACGUUCGAUAAAAGCUUCGUUCGGAGACUUCAUUCACGUGAAUACGCAACGGCCGGCGCCUACUCGCCAGUUUGCCAGACAAAUUCGAGACAGAGGGAGAAGAAAAGAAUUGAGAAAGGAGAAAACAAACCGCCCACAAUGUAACUCGCGUGAACGGGACACGGUCGCGGCAAAAAUUCUGUUUCGUACUGAUUUUGUAUAAAAGAAAAAAAAGAGACAAACCAGUAAAUAUGCCAUUAAACGUUUAAGAGGCUUUGUAAAUCUCUGUAAGAAGUGCGUAAACGCUUGCGAUCGAUUUUAUAUCUUAAUUAUCUAUACUAUGUGUUCGAUCUCUUUCUUCGUGCGUACCUCGGACACUCGCGAAGACAUAUUUUCAGCGAGCAUGAAGAUAUAUACGAAACAUCUAUGAAUUAGUAAACAAUUACAUUUGUGCCCUGUGCGUGAGAAAAAAA